AAGCCAGAGACGUCCCCGCGGACACCCAAGUCAGAGGUUAUGAUGGCGAAGAAGCCCCCCAAGGCAGCCCCGCGGAGAAUUUUCCAGGAGAGAAUGAGGAUCACAUCCCUGCCCUUGUACUUUGAAGGAUACUUGUUAGUGAAGCGGGCAGAAUACCAGGAAUUUAAACACUACUGGACAGAGCUGAGAGGAACUACACUUUUCUUUUAUGUUGACAAAAAGAAUACAACUUAUAUUGACAAAUUAGACCUGAUGGAUCUUACAUGCCUUACCGAUCAAAACCCAACUGAAAAGUGCUGUGCAAAGUUCCUGUUGGUGUUGCCCAAGGAAGAAGUAGAAGUGAAGACAGAGAAUACAGAAAGUGGGGAGGAGUGGAGAGGCUUUAUUCUUACAAUUACAGAGUUGUCAGUCCCUCAGCAUGUGUCGUUGCUACCUGGACAAAUGAUCAGACUGCAUGAAGUCUUAGAGAGAGAAAAGAAAAGAAGGACAGAGAUCGAGGGACCACCCAAUCUACCUUUGAGAAAGGAGAUCCAACCCAUGGAGGAGUAUAUGGAUAUCCUAAACCCGAUGCCGGUGUGCUUUUAUUCAGUGUCUCGGAAAGAAGCAACUGAAAUGCUAGAAAAGAACCCUUCUUUUGGAAAUAUGAUCCUGAGGCCUGGUAGUGACAGUAGGAACUAUUCUAUUACCAUCCGGCAGGAGAUAGACACUCCAAGAAUAAAGCACUACAGAGUGGUGAGCAUAGGAGCCGGCUACACUAUCGAACUAGAAAAGCCAGUGACACUCCCAAACCUCUUCAGUGUCAUUGAUUAUUUUGUGAAGGAAACUCGAGGAAACCUAAGACCAUUUAUAUAUUCCACAGAUGAAAAUCUUGGACAUAAAAAGGCAGAUUCACCAAUUAAAAUUUCCCCAUGGAAGCAAGAGCAACCUUUUGUGAGACCAGUGAUCAAAAACGCAGUUAGAUCUCAUGUGAAUGAUUACAUGAAUGAAUUUCUAGGUCAAGAAUCUAAUAAAAUAAGAAGGGAGAAGAGAGAAACGGAAGAAAAAAGUGGACACUGA